CAGACAGGCUGACCCACUGAGGGACUGAGACUAACAGUGGAUAAGAUGCAGGAGUUUUGUUCAUCUGUUGCCCUGUUGUUUCUUCUGCAGAUACAGUAUGGAGUGGCUGCGGAUUGUAAUAUAGUGUCAGUGACAUCUCCUUCAGCGUCCGCACUGGACGUGACCUGGAGCAGCGUUGCCGGAUCAAGCUAUUAUGUCCUAGAUUUGAGAGUUGUGAACUCGACGAUUAUCCCACAGAUAAAGUUGGAGAACAUCUCUUUCACGCAGAGGCAGGUGCAGGGAUUAAGAGCGGGACACGUGUACCAAGUCACACUGUCAGCCUUUGACAUGCUUUUUUAUCCCCUGUGCACAGUUUCGAAAAUAGCCAUGACAGUUCCUGCUGGAUCCCAGAUUACAUCUGCCCAAGCGAUUUCAAGCACUUCUGUAAAGUUUGCGUGGUCCACUGUGACAGGGGCAGAGAGCUACAUCUUGUUUUUGGUGGAGACGUUCGGCUCUUCUCCAAAGGAAUACAACCGGACCUUCACCUCCUCCAGUGGAGAGGUGGAUGGCUUGACUCCGUCCACAAGCUAUGACUGCUACAUUUACUCCUCCAACAGUGCGGGGAGAGGUGCCAAAAGCACAAUAAAGACAGUAAUAACAUUGGUUCCGCCACCGACUGGUGUGAAAAUCAUCGCAACUGGCAAGAGCACAGCCCGAGUGACCUGGGAGCCUAGGAACAAAGUCCUGCUUUACCAAGUGAGUGUGAAGGACAACGGCAACCCGGACAAACCACCCGUCUUAAGGAGCACAUCAUCCACAUCCAUGGAGAUCAGUAAUCUGGAUCCCUGCUCCACCUACUCAGUGGGGGUAUCAUCAUUCAACCUCUAUUUGGUGCCUGGAGAGCCCUCUGCUGUCACAUACAAUACUACUAGUAUAGAUGGAGUAACGACAGUCUCUGUGGACUACAGCUGUUCCAUCAACAUGGUGACGGUAACUUGGGAUUUGGUGUCUGGGGCUACAAAGUACAGGGCCGAGGCCGUGGACAGCACCGGCGCCUCCCUGAACUGCACAUCAAACUCCACCAGCUGUCAGAUCACGACGCGCAAAUGUGGAGAAAACUACCAGGUCCGUGUCACGGCCAUCUCUGCUGACUGUGAGAGCGUAUCGAACGUCACGUCCACAUUUGAGACCGGUGAGGACAGGCUGCUUUUGUCUUUUCACCGGCUUUGUUUCUGUACAUAUAUGUUGUUUUAGGAGUUUCACUUCAGCU